AUUUCUCCCUUUUCCUCAGGUUUGGGAGGAAGUUCAUUUUAAUAUGUGCUGUAUUACAAUUGGCCAUCACUGAAACCUGUGUAGCUUUUGCUCCCACCUUCCUGAUCUACUGCUCACUCCGAUUCCUGGCAGGAAUGUCUGUGGAACCCAUAGUAAUAAAUAGUAACUUGCUCAUGUUAGAAUGGACAAGACCUAAAUUCCUCGCCAUGGUGGCAGUGAUUGUAUCUUGUGCUGUUAGUAUUGGAAGCAUGGUAUUGGUAGGCCUGGCUUUUUCAUUUAGAAACUGGCACCACCUCCAGCUGGCAAUGUCUGUACCAAUAUUCUUCUUCCUUAUACUCACAAGGUGGCUCUCAGAGUCAGCUCAGUGGUUAAUUGUGACCAACAAACCCCAGAAGGGCUUAAAGGAACUUAGAAAAGUUGCACACAUGAAUGGAAUGAAGAAUUCUGGAGACACCCUAACCGUGGAGGUGAGCAUAAUGGGUGAUGGUUAUGACAUAAAUGAAAUACAAGCUUCACAUGUGUAUGAGUUAGUGCCCAAGAUGCACUAUGCUGUUAUUAAGAACACUGCACCCUUCCGCCCCUGCCUG